AUGUCUGUCCAGGACACUGAGGACUUCGGAGCAGAAAACCUCUCAGAGAAGUCUCGGAUGAUUCCUAGCCUCCCGCCAUAUGACAUGGAUGACCAGCUCCUUCCCAGGGAGCCACGGAGUGCCUGGUGUUGCUUGGUAUGGACGCUGGUGGUAGUCACCAUGAACUCCUUGGUCUUUUUCAUUAAUUUUCUCCUGAUGCUUAUUAUCUUCACCAUUGUGCUGCUUCCUACCAUUGUGGUGGUUUACUUUGGCUUCCAAUGCCACUCUCAGGUGCUGCACUCAGCUGCCCGCUACUGCAAAAGCAUCUUGGAUGACAACAGCUCUUCUGCCCUCAUUAUCCUCGGCUUUGUAAUCAUGUCCCCUCUCAUUGUGGUGGCCAUGGCUAUCUACUGCAGCCUGGCAAGGCGUCUCCAUCUCUUCAUGUGCUUCCAGCCGUACAGCAGGGCUGUCUACAAGGGGGUGAAGUGGCGCUGGUACGAGGAGGGAGGCCUGUGUGGCUGUGCCAAGGGGUGGAACGCUCAGGUCAAAGCCUGGGUAUGA